CACCGUCACCGCUUCUGCUACUACUACCGGAGCUAGCACCGACACUACUGCCGCCGCCGCCGCCGCCGCUGCCGCCGCCCCGGAUGCCCCCCACCACCGCCAUGGGAACUCCGCAUCAGUCGCUCCAACCACCGUUUUGUCCGUGGGCCAUGUCGUGAUCCGUGGGCUCCGCCAGCGGGUUUUCUAUCCGUGAUCCCGACCGAGGCGAGAAGGAGUAGGAGGAGGAGGAAGAGGAGGAGGAGGAGGAGGAAGGAGGGAAGGUGGUUGUGGUGGGAGAAGAUGUUCGCCUCGGUGGGCCCUCGGGGCGGCCCGCGCCCACCCGUCGCCCCGGCCAUCCCGGAGCCGGACCUGAGCCAUCUGACGGAGGAUGAGAGGAAGAUCAUCAUGGCUGUGCUGGCUCGGCAGCGGGAGGAAGAGGCUAAGGAGGAGGCCAUGUUAAAAGAAGAGAAGCCUAUCCAAGCAAGAACAGUGAACCUGGUUGGGCAGAAGAAACCUCCGCAGCAAAACGAUGUCCGAGGUAUCCAGCAGCAGUUGUCCAGCUACAGGGAGACUGUGAUCCGGCAGGCUACUGUGGCGGCGGGCUCGGCCGUUCACCGGGACGACGCACCAACCUGCGGCAUCUGCCACAAGACCAAGUUCGCAGAUGGCUGUGGGAACCUGUGUUCGUACUGCCAGACCAAGUUCUGUGCCCGCUGUGGAGGGAGAGUCUCCCUGAGAUCCAACACGGAGGACAAAGUGGUGAUCUGGGUGUGUAAUAACUGCCGGAAGCAGCAGGAGAUCCUGACCAAACCGGGCGAGUGGUUCACUGGUCCUGCUGGGAAACCCACUGGCCUCGGUUCAGCCGUCAGCGAGCCAUCUGUGUGCCAAACGCCCGGUGACAAGAAGCUUCGCUCACGCUCUCAAGCACCCCCAGAUUCCACCACUGCAAUCCAAGACCCGAACCGACUCGGCGCUCCUGGGACCACGCCCGGCGCUGAUGCUCGGUCGCGUAGCGAGCCACCAAGAGACACGAGAAAUGGAAGGGGAGGCGGAGGAGCUGGUCGGGGAGAGCGCAGGCCAGGUCAGCCCAGACUACAGACCCAGGUCUCCAUGGACCGGGACCUCCGGGGGGAGUCCAGGGAGCGCAGGGAAAGCCGGCGUCUGACAAAGGGACGCUCACUGGAGCAUGAUCCUGUGGGAGGAGGUGGUGGAGGUAGACGGACAGAAGACGGGGGCUACCACCACAUGGACCACAGUGGUGUGCUCCCUCGCGAAGCAGGGCCGGUCCCUCCUGGAGGCCGGGGCCACCCUGUGCCCAUGCAGGGUCGUGGCAUAGGCAUAGCAGGGGAGGUUGGAGAUGGCAUGCGGCCUGGUCAGAGGACGGUGGGUGGGGUUGGUGGGCCACAUGAACAGGCCCUUGCUCAGCAAGCCCCUCCCCCUGAACUCAGAGAACCUCCUGGUUCGGGUCCUGGCUCAGCACCCAGCCAAGGACCUGUAGUGAGACGGACCAAACGGGAGAAGGCUGAGAGCAUGCUACGUAAUGAUUCCCUAAGCUCUGACCAGUCAGAAUCUCUACGUCCACCACCACCAAGGCCCUACAAAUCGAAACGAGGGCUGGGGGCCGGAGGCAAGAGGCAGACCAGUGUCAGCAGUUCGGAGGAAGAGGGGGGGACCACGCCUGAGUACAGCAGCUGUGAGGAUGCUGAGAUUGAAAGUGUCAGCGAGAGAGGCGACUGGGAAUGCUACCCACAUGACCCCACUGUAUGGCAUCAUCCUGUAACCUGGCAGCCGUCCAAGGAGGGAGACCACCUAAUUGGGCGAAUCACUCUCAGUAAGAGGAGCGCCACCAUGCCUAAAGAAGCCGGUGCUCUGCUGGGGUUAAAGGUGGUGGGAGGCAGAAUAACAGAGUCAGGGAGAUUAGGUGCCUUCAUCACUAAAGUCAAAAAGGGAAGCCUGGCUGAUGUGGUGGGACAUCUCAGAGCAGGAGACGAAGUUUUGCAGUGGAACGGGAAGCUGUUACCAGGCGCAACCAUGAAGGAGGUUUACAACAUCAUCCUGGAAUCUCAAGCUGAGCCUCAAGUGGAGCUGGUGGUAUCCAGGCCUAUUGGUGAUAUCCCAAGAAUCCCCGACACGUCCCACCCUCCAUUAGAAUCUACAGGUUCCAGUUCUUUUGAGUCCCAGAAGAUGGAGAGACCGUCCUUAAAUGUCCUGUCUCCCUCCAGUCCCGGGAUGCUCCAAGAUGCUCCUCAGUUAAUGCCAGGGCGACUCUCUGUGAAGCUGUGGUAUGACAAAGUGGGCCAUCAGCUAAUAGUCAACGUGUUACAAGCUGCAGAGCUUCCUGUUCGGCCUGACGGGCGGCCCAGAAGCCCCUACGUCAAAAUGUACUUCCUUCCUGACCGCAGUGACAAGAGCAAACGAAGGACAAAAACAGUGAAGAAGACCUGUGAGCCCAAGUGGAACCAGACGUUUGUCUACACUCAUGUCCAUCGCAGGGAUUUCCGCAACCACAUGCUGGAGCUGACUAUAUGGGACCAACCCAGGUCACCAGAGGAGGACAGCACCUUUAUGGGAGAGAUCCUGAUAGAGCUGGAGACGUCCUUAUUGGACGACAAGCCUCACUGGUAUCCACUCCAAACCCAUGACGUCUCAUCCAUACCUCUGCCCCGACCCUCUCCGUACCUUCCUCGACGACACACACACACGGACACCCCUGGAAAGAAACUGCAACGUUCUCAGCGUCUAACAGAGCCUGAGUUUGAUGAGGGUACAGCUGUAGUGUCUAAAGCAGCGGAUGGGCGUGGCAGGGAAAGGCAGCGGGAGCCCACAUCUACCCUGGAGGUUCCUGAGCAGCAGAGGACGCCCACCCAUCACAUACGUUCCCGUUCAGUCUCCCCACAUCGCGAGGAGCAGGGUCGAAUCCGGUCACGCCCACCCAACAUUCCUGCCCAGAGGAGUCUGGAUGAUGAGCUUCCUCACUCUCGUCGUUCUCGUUCCCCAACCCGCUACUACGACGCUGCCAGAAAUCGCCACCAGGAGGAAGAGUACCUGGAUGACAGUGAGGUCAUCAUGAUCCACCAGUCAAUGCGAGGCAAAAGUGCUGAGUGCCUCCACACCAGGAGAUCUGCUAGGCUUAAUAACACACUGCCACCUAAGAUGCCUCUUUUGUUCUACGGUAUCCACAAAAACACAAACAGUGAUCUGCAGCCCUCUCUGGACAGGGUUAGGAGCGCUAGUGCCAACUGUCUGACUCCAGACAAUCAUGUCCCCUCACCAGAGACUGAAAGAAAAUCUUUGUCUCAUUCCCUGCCCCGGAGACGUCCAGCAAGUCCCAGGAUUCUUAUCCAACAUGCUUCCCCUGAAGAUGACAGGCAGCCUCGGACUCUGGAAACACCUGAGUAUCAGACUCUUGGCAGGAAGCUCUCUGACAGUGGCAGGGGCCACCUCCAAGGUGGUUCGUCUCUUUCCUCCUCAGUGACCUCCUCCUCGGCCCGCAGAGUAAGGCAGCUCCCACAGCUUCCCCCCAAGAGCAGCACUGUGGAACAAGCCCUGGUAGCAGAGGAGCGAGUUCGUCAGCUCCAGAUGAGGGUUCAUUCCAACCGAGUGUCAGCCACCACCGCCUCCAGCCAGCAGGACCUGGAGAGAUCCCUCAAGAACAAACGGGAGCUCUACAAGGACCAGAGGAGGAGCAGUGAGAACGUUUCCCAUAAGUCCUCAGACAGUGAUGUCAGCGACGUGUCAGCCAUCUCUCGAACCAGCAGUGCCUCUCGCAUCAGUAGCACCAGCUACAUGUCCAUCCAAUCAGAGAGACCCCGGGGACGCUUCAGCAGGGCCAUGCGUGCAACGGGCCGCCACAUGAUGAAGAGCACCAGCGUGAGUGGUGAGAUCUACGGCAUGGAGCACGCUGACGGCAGCCAGUCGGACACGGCACUCGGUAGCCUCGGAAGCGGGAUCAAGAAACGACGCUCUAGCCUCAGCCAACGCGUUGUCGCCAUCCUGCCAUCGAGACGCAGCCGUAGCACCUCGCAACUCAGCCAGACAGAGGCAGCGGGUAAGGCGGCGGACAGACAGAAAGAGGCGUCAGCAGGUAAGAAGGUGGGUAAGGCCGGCAGCAGCAUCCAGAGGAGCGUGGAGACGGGCAUGGCUGUGGAGUACCCACGGGGAGGAUCAGCCAUGAACCGGCAGGCCAGCAGAGAGUCGACUGAUGGCAGCAUGAACAGCUACAGCUCUGAGGGGAAUCUGAUCUUCUCAGGUAUGCGGCUGGGUGCCGACAGUCAGUUCAGUGACUUCCUGGAUGGUUUAGGCCCCGGUCAACUGGUUGGCCGGCAAACACUGGCAACACCUGCCAUGGGUGAUGUUCAGAUUGGUUUGAUGGAUAAGAAAGGCCAGCUGGAGGUUGAGGUGAUCAGGGCACGAGGCCUUACCCCCAAACCUGGCUCCAAAUCCCUCCCAGCUCCCUAUGUCAAGGUGUACCUGCUGGAUAAUGGAACUUGUAAAGCCAAAAAGAAAACCAAGAUUGCACGAAAGACCCUGGAGCCGCUUUACCAGCAGCACCUGCUAUUUGACGAGAGUCCCCAGGGCAAGGUGCUUCAGGUAAUAGUAUGGGGCGACUAUGGACGAUUGGACCACAAGUGUUUCAUGGGUGUAGCACAGAUCCUAUUGGAGGAGCUGGACCUCUCAAGCACGGUGAUUGGCUGGUACAAACUGUUUCCGCCGUCCUCAUUGGUGGACCCUACAUUAGCUCCGCUCACGCGGCUGGCGUCACAGACGUCAUUGGACAGCUCAGGACCGCCACCAGGCGUUCGGUCCUAGUGACCGAAUGUCGAACCGCGAACCCCCCACCCCUCACCCCAAGUAUCCCUUAAAUGACAAAAUAAUGGACCACAGCUACUGGACCAGAUCUAAGCAGAGGGCAAGAAGACACCCAGAGGACAACAACGAGAAGCCCUCGGUCAACCGGUGAAGAGCCAGACGGAGUGACAGGGAAUGAGAGAGAGAAUGAGAGAGGGAGAGACAGAUAUAGCCAAUCAAAGUUUAGCUGGAGUCUGACAAUCACGUCUCACACCUUCCCUCUUCCUCUGCCGUAUGCCUUUUCUUUUCAAAGCUUUGUUUUCUCCUCUGAGCUGCAGCAGUGAACAUCCCUCUCCGACAUUCUUCACUUCUCUCUUCUGAUCUUCUUUCUUUCUUUUCCCCUUACUGUCUUGGGCAGCCCCCUUUCAGAGCACCAGAUCAAAGUGGAGUCCUCCACCUAAUAGCCCCCCCCCCCAGCCAAUCAGAGUAGAGCUUGGUGUAAACAGUGCGUCAGAGGUAGUAAGUAGCAAAACGAGGCAGCUUCAUGUCGCUGUCCCGUGACGUAGAGGUUGGCUGUUGUCUCUGCGGGUGUUCCCAUGGUAACAGAACCGUCGUAAAUGAGGGCAGCAGUCUGGCACAGUUCGGUAACAUGUUUUGGUGAAGGGAACCUGCACGUGCACAUUCUUAGCCUUGCUGUGAAAGCAAGCACAAGAGAGGCUAGAAUCCUUUAUGUGGAUAGAGGCAGACAGAAAGUUUUGCUCUUCAUCUGAAAACAGAAAUAGAUUAUAGAGGCCAAAUUGAAUAUUUGCUUUUUAUUUAUUUGUUUGGAACCAUUUUUUUCUGUCUUUGUUUUGUUCAGAAUGGUACCAUAAAGUGCAGACUCCCUCUGUGUGCGCGUAUGUUUGGUUUUCGAGCGAUCGAGGCCGACGAUG